CUGCGCGUUUCGCUCCGUCACUCAUCGUAUCGAUCGACUUUGGCGCCUGAAUAACGUACAUACCGCGUUUGUCUUAUCGAUUGUUUCGUGUCUGUCUAGUCCAGUCAACGAUAACGUUAGUCGAACACUAACUCUACUAUCGAAUACCCUUUAGGAUUACUGAGUUUUGAGCGUGAUUUUGUUAUGAUGUCGAGUCGAGUUUCUAAAACAAAUUUGUGUACGAUAUAUCGCAUUAUCGCGUACAUUACAAUGUUAAUUUAAAGUGAAACGAGGAGGCGUUAACGAGAGAAAGAGAGAGAGAGAGAGAGAGAGAGCAAACUAACUCGCGUGCGUCCCGAAAAUAAUUGUGAUCUUUCUUUUCGUGAUUGUUCACGAUCGCGACUCAUUGAUCUGUUGCCGUGCAUCCGCCAGCUCGCCGAACACGAUUGGAAACGCGAGUCGGACGUUUUGUUGUAGAAACAUGAACAUUGAAUAGUCGUCAAUAGACUGAUAAAUUUUUAAUCGUCUUGUAUGCCACGGCAGGAAAAACUAUGCGAAUGUCGCGGGACAGAUAUGGCACUAGUCUUUUAUGAACAUAAAAACGGUUUCAAACUUGAAAAUAACAACGAUAAUAACGCGUUUAAACUAUACGCAUGCACAGCCGAGUAUCGUCUGCAUGAUCUGCAUCGCUGCUACAAUUUGCAGCGUCGCUCUGUAGUGCAACGGCGAGCACCACGUCAUCUCUUGGAAGCCUGGUACUUUGGGCUAGGCAUUGUUUUAAUUGUUGUUUCUGUCGUUUUCUUGGUAUUCCAUCUGGGCGUAAUGCACGUAUCAACGAUAAUAGACGAAACGCUCGGGAAUUCAACCAGCCGAGAGCUAAUCAAAACCAGAUAUCUAUAAGUAUAAUUCCCUCAACAUUUUCAUCGCAGAGAAAGAUGCUAGUAAUCGGUGCGCAGCCGAGUUUCACGCACAUGAGUAAGAGAG